AGAAACGUGAACUCUUUCUCAAAAGAAGCCAUUGAAAUGAUGCGUUAUGAAAAUGAAAAUCUGUCAUCUAUACACAUAAGUAAAACAGAUAUACGGGUUUUAAUGGAAACACACAGUAACAUUACGCUUAUAUCAGCUUCAAGUGUGAAAUCUAUAGGAUAUGAUUCAACAAGCCCAAAGCCACCAAUCAAAAUGAAGACAGUUGUGAUUUACUGCAGGGUAAAGGGAAUAAUUCCUUUUGGCGAAAGCAUGUUUCCCAAACAUAUAGGCGGUUUUCAGGUAGAUGUUCGAGAAAGUGUUGUAUCCUUUGCUGCUGGACAUGAAGGUUUAAGGAUGGGGGAUAGAAUAGAACCAACCGGUGAUAAAAGCUUUGGGACACUAGGUGGAUUCAUUAAUAUUGACGACAAUCGCCUGGGAUUCAUAACAUGUGCACAUGUCGUGUGUCCUUCAUCUGAGAAUCCAUCUUCAAUUUUAGAUUACAUCUAUAACACAAAACCUUCUGUAAGCAUUCUAAAAGAAAAUGGCAGACAAAAGGAAAUCGGUAUAGCGCUUCAAGGAGUCUUUAAUUUGCACGAAACUAGUAACACAAGCAUCGAUGCUGCUUUAGUGGAAUUGACCGAAAAAGAUAAAUUUCCAGAAACUGGACAUUUCUCUGAAAAAAAUCUUACUCAAGAAAGUCUGCAGCAAGCGGGCUUUGAAGACCAUGACUCACUGUUCUUCUGCGAUGGUAAAACUGCGUUUGUUUCUGAAUUCACAAGAGACAAGGUGUUAAAAGUCGGUGCCACUACCGGAAUAACACGUGGAGAACUACACUAUAUGCACCCAGAAGCCUCAAUAGACCAAAAGGAGGGAUUUGUUAGUGAAAGAGAAUUCAGAUUAAGCGGGCAGAUAGAAAUACGCCCACUUGGAUGUGAAUAUUUCAUAAAAAAAGGGGAUUCCGGUUCGUUUGUUUUUCUUGUAGAAGAUGGAAGCCCGCCGAUGCUAAAAUGUGUUGGAAUGGCUGUGGCUUUUACUAGUCAUAAAACGUGUCUUAUGACCCCUAUUUCAAAUAUUCUAAAAAGUUUAAACUUAUCAGCCAGUCAACUUACAAAGUUUAAGUAUGAAUACAAGAAGGAUAGACAUUUACAAAUCAUUACACUUAUGUUUCAAGACUUUGAAAAAAGAAUGAUGGAGUCGAUGAAAACAACAAUGGACAAUGGCUUAGCAUCCGUGAAAAACGACUUAUCAUCCAUAGAAAAUAACUUAACUAAAGCGAAAGACGAUCUAAAAAGCGAUAUAUCCACUGUGUCUAAAAACUUGGCCGAAGUCAAGGACGACCUUUCAAGCCUAAAGAAUAGGAUGACUCGCAUCGAGAAAAAGACCUAAUGAUAUUUAAAACGAUUUCAAUUUAAUAAGUAAUUCCAAAUAUUUUAAAGGCUUGCCAAUAUUUAUCGAAAUCAGGAAAUCAAGAAGGAAUGCGACUUUUCUCGAAAAAUUGUAAAAUACACUUUUGACAGACAAAAGAUGUAUACAACUUGUGUUUUGAGAUCCUACA